GCUUUGAGCAACAGAGGUUCUGUUCCCCUCUAGUCACCGACUACUUCUUUAUCUGAUUAACAGGCGCCUCAGACAAGGCAGAAGUAUUAUCCCAGUAUGCUCUCUACAUCUAGCCGCGCCGUUCUGGGCGCUCUCCGCGCGCGAUCAAUUACAGUUCCAUGCCUCUUAAGAGCUCAACAGCUUGCAUUGCUGUCCACCUCUCCAGUCAAAUCAGCGACGGCACUCGAGCGUCAGGCGCAGUCCGGGCAGCCUUUGACUGCAUCUGGGAAGGUGCGAAAGGAGGUGCCCUUGCCGAGUCAGGAAAAGAAAGAGGGUGCAAUGCAAUAUGUCCUUACCACACUUGACCAGGUCGCCAAUUGGGCCCGCCAAAGCUCCUUGUGGCCGAUGACCUUCGGUCUCGCCUGUUGUGCUGUCGAGAUGAUGCAUCUGUCGACACCUAGAUACGACCAAGAUCGCCUGGGAAUUAUUUUUAGAGCUUCACCUCGCCAGUCAGAUGUGAUGAUCGUGGCUGGUACAUUGACCAACAAAAUGGCACCAGCGCUUCGACAAGUUUACGAUCAGAUGCCUGAUCCACGCUGGGUCAUCAGCAUGGGAAGUUGUGCGAAUGGUGGCGGCUACUAUCAUUACAGCUACUCGGUCGUACGAGGAUGUGAUAGGAUUGUUCCUGUCGAUGUUUAUGUCCCUGGAUGCCCACCCACAUCCGAGGCAUUGAUGUAUGGAAUAUUCCAGCUCCAGAAGAAGAUGAGACAUACAAGAAUCACACGCAUGUGGUACCGCCGUUAAUAUUGUUCUCGAGGAAUGGGUGGAUAUCGUUAAACCUUGGAAAAUAUUGACUAUGGCAUUGUAUUCUUACGUACUUAGGAGACAUACCAGCGCAUACAACGAGUCAAGUGACCUUUUGACUGAUAUGUCUUCGGUGCUCGGAUUUCAAUUUACCAGAUAAUACGGGCUUAUCAUUUGCUAUCUCUCUUUCUGACAAAGGUGCCACCAACCAUUGAACGUAAAUGGUUCAAGCAGUCUGGUGCCCUAGCAUUCAAGUACCUGUUCGUCUUUGUUGUGAGUCUGAGAUCGCUUGAGGCAACCGCUUAGCCGUUGACCAUUACACCGCCAUUGGGGUGCAGGCUUUGUCCCGAAAUGUAGCUACUGUCAUGACUUGCAAGGAAAACAAAGCAUGUUGCAACCUCGCUAGGUUGGCCCGGGCGACCCAUGGGCACGGAGCUAAAUUGUUCCAUUGCAGAAGUAUCCAUGGUGGAUGGGAUCAAGGGAGUCCAGA